AUGCCGCGGCGCCAGUUUUUCUCUGCGGUGCUGCUUCUCUUUUUCGUAUGCUGCCGCAGUGGGUCUGUGCAGGCUGAUGGUCCUGCCGCGCCAAUGCGCAUCGACCCAUUUGCAGGGACAGCACUGGUAUCCGGUGCCAAGUGGGAGGAGGUUAAACCCACUGGGGGGUCAGUCUGCUCGCUGCGCGUCCCCAGCCUCGUGGAGGUGGGCGGCGAGGUGUUUGCCGUUGCGGAAGCUGAGUGCAAGGGCAGUGGUUCAGCUGGCCGCUUUACUGGCAUUGCGUCGAAGCUCCUCAAGAAAAGUGAGGAGCAUUCCACGGAGAUGUUGGCGGCCGAUGCAGUUCAGUUUGACACGCAGCUGCUGAGGGGAGGGAAGGCUAGUGGGGGCGAGGCGAAGGACGUACUACGGCCAACAACAAUUGUGCACGGCAGAGAUGUCUACGUGCUGCUGGGAAAAUACAGCCGUGCAGAGCCUGCAAAUCAAGUAGCCGGAAAAGCCACUGGGGGCUGUUGCUGGUGA